AUGGAUAACAACAUGGAACUCGACCCAGCGCGGUCACCGGAGCCUCAUCACCUCUCGCCCACCACCGAUCCUGGGUCUAUACCCACACUGGAUGGAUGGAUUGAGAACUUGAUGGCCUGCAAGCAGCUCGCCGAGGAUGAUGUGCGGAGACUGUGUGAUCGAGCAAGAGAAGUAUUGCGGGAGGAAUCUAAUGUGCAGCCGGUCAAAUGCCCCGUGACCGUCUGUGGUGAUAUACAUGGUCAAUUCCAUGACCUAAUGGAGCUGUUCCGCAUCGGCGGUCCUAACCCCGAUACAAACUACCUCUUCAUGGGCGACUACGUCGAUCGUGGUUAUUACUCCGUAGAGACUGUUACUCUCCUUGUUUGUCUUAAAAUCCGUUACCCCCAGCGCAUCACUAUUCUUCGAGGAAACCACGAGUCUCGUCAGAUCACACAAGUGUAUGGAUUCUAUGACGAGUGCUUGCGCAAAUACGGCAAUGCCAACGUCUGGAAAUACUUCACCGACCUCUUUGACUAUCUUCCUCUCACCGCCCUCAUUGAGAAUCAGAUCUUCUGUCUGCAUGGCGGCCUGAGUCCCUCCAUCGACACCCUCGACAACAUUCGAUCCCUGGAUCGGAUCCAGGAAGUUCCUCACGAGGGACCUAUGUGCGAUCUCCUUUGGAGUGACCCCGAUGACAGAUGCGGCUGGGGUAUCUCCCCCCGUGGUGCUGGUUACACAUUUGGGCAGGAUAUUUCGGAGGCAUUCAAUCACAACAACGGCUUGACUCUUGUCGCACGCGCGCAUCAAUUGGUCAUGGAGGGAUAUAAUUGGUCGCAGGACAGAAAUGUGGUCACCAUUUUCUCAGCCCCCAACUAUUGUUACCGUUGCGGUAAUCAAGCCGCCAUCAUGGAGAUCGACGAACAUCUCAAAUACACAUUCUUACAAUUUGAUCCUUGCCCGCGUGCGGGAGAGCCGAUGGUUUCGAGACGUACACCUGAUUAUUUCUUGUGA